CGCCGAGUUCAGAUGACACUUAAGACCUCGAAGACCCUCCUGCUUGUUUUAAAUCAGCAGUGUGGGAAAGUUUUGGGUUCCUAGUGAACUACGGCAGCAGUGGAGAGCGAGUGGUAGAUUGGACGAGGACGGUGUGUCGCCGUUGAAAGGCAGCUGUACGACUAUGGCGAAGAUGAUAGUUACUGGGAAAAUUCUAUUUAUCCUGAUGCUGCUACUGCUUAAGGAUAGUGGGCAAGUACAAGCAGACGAUGAGGUAGAAGAAAAGCAAACAUUUCAUGAGUCUAUGACACUCAACCUCCCUAAAUCUUACAAAAUUGACUGGAUGAAAUCUAUUGACAACAACAAGUUAAUCUCUGCCAUCACUAUUCCUGGUGCUCAUGAUGCCUUGGCCCUUCAUGGAGGAGCACUAGCAAAAUGCCAGUCAUUGUCUUUAGAGGACCAGCUUCUGGCUGGGAUACGCUACUUGGACCUUAGAGUGUCUGGGGAAAAUUUGGAAAUUAAACAUGGAAUAACUUACCAACAUAUAACAUUCCCAGAGGUUCUCAGCAAAAUCAAGGCAUUUUUAUCUAAAUACAAAACUGAGACGGUGCUUGUCAGAGUUAAGCCUGUUCGAAAUUUUAGAGGGAAAGUUCAAAAUUUGAUUCAGAAUAUAAUUAAUAAUGACGAUGUCUGGAUCAAGAAUUCAAUACCAAAAAUAGGUGAAGUAAGAGGAAAGGUUGUUUUGGUUCAGAAAGACCGCUUUACACUAGGUAUCCCUCUGUCUGGCACUGACAACAAGGGAGACUAUAAAGUAACUAAUAUUAAUCACAAAAAGGAAAUAGUUGCCUUGCAUCUGAUGGAAGCUGCUAAUAAGUGUAAAAAUAAUGAUCAUGAUGAAGUUGUUCUGAGCUAUUCAAGCGGCACAGGCGUUGGUACAUCUAAGGGAUUGAGUUUGUUUCCAAGUAGAGUGGCAAAGGAAAUCAACCCUUGGCUGUAUGAGUAUCUUAAAAUGCAAUCUGUAAAAAAACCCAAGCCUUGUUAUGGGAUCAUAGCCAUGGACUUCCCAGGCUUUGACUUGAUUCAAAUGGUCAUCAAAUUCAAUACCUAGAUUUUCCAGUCUGUAAUUUUAGCAUUUUGUUAAUCAAGAUGUUCUUACUGAUUCACUUUCAUCACAUUCAUGUUUUUUUUUUUUUCUUCCAUUAAUUAAGCUAAAGUUUAACAGGAUAAAGCUGAUCUGAAUGUAAAUUUGAUCCUUCAUAAAUUGAUUGAUGUCAGUAUUUUAAAUGUGUUCUCAAUAAUUAAGCAUUAUCAUUAACACUGCCUUUUGUUUGGCUUUGUAAGACACCCUCAAAACCUAUGAAAUGAAUUGUUUUUUUCUAUUAAAUUUUACUUUAAAAUUGUGCACUAAGGCUCAUUUUUGUUAUUAUCAACAAUUCUGCAUGCGUAUAUCUCCAGUGACAUCAGGCUAAACACUUUGGGUUUGUAAGUAUUUAAGAGGAACUAUUAAACUAGUAGUACAUGAAGGCAGAUGUUACACUGAUAACAGCUAGGCUGUAAACUUGUAAUGAAAGUAAUGUGAUCAUUGUUAAAGUAACUAAAUGUGUUUAAAUCCACAUGUUCAGAUUUUAGGAUACAUUUCUGUUGGCUAAAAGAAGUGGAUACAUUCAUGUGGAUGGGAACAUAAAAGAUUUUUUCCAGCACCCCAUAUAAGUUAUUCAUUUUAAAAGUUGGACAACAACUGUGAAUUUCUGUUCUCUUAUCUCCAUAAUUGUUUGGCUUUAUCAGGUGAGAUAAUGUUGGUUGGUUAGGUCUUUAAGUUUCCCAAAAGUCCCUUUCAAGUCAACGUAAAAUUGGAUCCAAUAAACUUUAUACAUGUUCCUACUUUUAUGUUGAUCAUUUUCAUAAUCUUUCAUCAUAAUGUAAUAAAUUGCUCCACCUCUUU